AUGACCAUCAUCAUCAUCUCUCUGCUCCUGCUGGUUUCUCUGGUGCCAGACCUGACCUUCACUGCUCGAGUGGGUAUAGUGAAUGGCAAGGAGGCAAAACGACCUUACAUGGUUUCUGUUCAAUUGAAUAACAAACAUAUCUGUGGUGGACUCCUUAUUACUGAAGAGUUUGUCUUGACUGCUGCACAUUGCUAGAAAAAAAGGGUGAUGACGGUUGUGGUUGGUGCCCAUGAUUUGAGUAAAAGCAAAACUUUGGAACGCUACAGAGUGAAGUCCUACAUCCUGCAUCCAGACUAUAGAUCCUUUCAGAAUGACAUUAUGAUUUUGAAGAUAGAGAAAAAGGUCAAACUAAACAACAAUGUUAAACCAAUAUCAUUGGCAAGGGAUGGAAAACACAAUGAAGAAGGAACUGUCUGUAGUGCUGCCGGCUGGGGAGAUCUGUGGAUGAAAGGCCCACUGAGUGGCCGUCUAAUGGAAGCAAAUGUGACAACAAAAAAGGACGCAUUCUGCCAAGAUAAAUGGGGAUCUUAUUAUGUGGCCUCAAAGAUGAUUUGUGUUCAUGGAGAAGGUGGAUCCUGCACAGCGGAUUCAGGAGGUCCUUUGGUUUGUGGAAACACUGCAGUUGGCGUCACAUCCUUUGGUGAUCCAAGCAUCUGUAAUAGUCCCAAACAUCCUGAAGUUUACACAAAGAUUUCAGCAUAUCGUCCAUGGAUCCAAUCCAUAAUUCCAAACGUAAAGUGA